CAAUACGCACAUAACGCGUGCAGGCACCGCCGUCGAGGGACCGCUUCGCUACAUUCCCACCUCCUCGUCCUUCAGAUAGUGAGCUGCUUGUGGUAAACGCAACAGUAGCUGGCGUAGACGCUUUUAUUUAUCAAUUAACUGAGACAAAGAAAUGAAGUGACUUUAAUAUUCCCCGAGUGGUGUCAGUGAUCGGAAGGCGAGAGUGAACAGCUGAGAAUAAAAAAAAAAAAAACUUGAGUGAUCUCUUUAAACGUGGACAUUUUAACCGAUAUGAUUCUCUACGGGAACGCGGCCUUGACUCCCUCGCCAUCCUCCUCCUCCUCGUCGUCGUCGCCAAUAUCUCAAACAACAAUGUCGCCUCAGUGUGGGCUCGGGGUUGGUGACAUCUCCCUAACACACUGCAAGAGCGAGUUGAACGACCUCCUGCUGCCUCCUAACAUCCACCCCAUGUUAUUGUCGACCAUCCCCAAGUGUGCGGGGUGCUCUGAGGCCAUCCUGGACCGGUUCAUCCUUAAGGUGCUGGAGAGGACGUGGCACUCCCGUUGCCUUAAGUGUGCUGACUGUGGGGCGCAGCUCACAGACAAGUGCUUCGCCAGGAACCAACAGGUGUACUGCAAAGAGGACUUCUUCAGGCGGUACGGGACCAAAUGCUCCGGGUGUGAGCAAGGUAUCCCACCCACCCAGGUCGUGCGCCGUGCCCAGGAAAACGUCUACCACCUCCACUGUUUCGCUUGCGUCAUCUGCCAGCGACAACUGAACACGGGUGACGAAUUCUAUCUGAUGGAGGACAACAAACUGGUGUGUAAGAGCGACUACGAGCAGGCCAAGCAGAGAGGUAUGUCGCUGAAGGAAGGAGACGCGACAAACAAACGACCACGUACCACCAUCUCGGCGCGGCAGUUGGAGCAACUCAAACAGGCCUACAAAGAGAGUCCCAAACCCGCUCGCCACGUUAGGGAACAGCUCUCUCAGACCCUUGGCCUCGACAUGAGAGUUGUGCAGGUCUGGUUCCAAAACAGGCGCGCCAAGGAGAAACGACUAAAGAAGGACGCUGGUCGCACACGCUGGGGCCAGUACUUCCGCUCAAUGAAGAAUGGCGGCCGUGAGAAGCGACGGGAUGAUGAUAAGAGUGACGCCGAUCUCGACAUGGACUCACAGCUCGACGCUUACGACGACAUGAUCAUCGAGAUGCCUGACGGGUACCGCACGCCGGGGCCACCACUGGACCUGGAACCUGGGCAGACGGCAAUGAGCCCACACCUUGGGCCCCCUCACCCAGGCCCUCCCCACCACCCCUUCAUUCAUGGAGCUGGAACACCCCCAUACAUGGCAGGGGGCGGUGGACACUCCCCCAGCGCCCCUGUACCUCCUCACCCCAUGGCUGCCCCAUUCCCAUAUUCAGAGCCUCUACCGCCCUACCAGACACCCAUGAGUAAGUUCUCUAUGAUUUAUUUUUUAUGAUUAGGUGAGAAAUAAAAGAUUUUAAGGUGUAGGACACUGUACCAACCUAUUACAUCACAGUUCUGGUAUCAUUAAAAUUCUCUGCCAAUAUCAAUAUCAUACCCUUUAUUACUAGGGAUUUGAACCUGCUGGAUAAUAAGAAAAUUUCCUCAGUGAAAAAAAAAAUUAUGUAAUACUGUGUCCAGUAUUUGAAAUACUUUGGCUUUACAUUAAAUCAGGGCAGAUUAAAAAAGCUGUGGGUGGGAGAACAUGGCGAGCACAGUGAACCUACCCAAUUGGUGGGCACUGUAAGACCCCCAGAAUUUGUUGAAAUCUUACUAAUAUCAUGGGCAUUUUCAGGCUAUUUUGAAGCCAUGUGCACUUGAUAUUAGGAGAUAUUGUGAGGAUAAUAAUAAUUACUUUUUACUAUAAAAACAACCCGAGUAUAAUAAUCCAUUAAAUAAAAGUAUUGGAUGCCCCUGCAUUUAUAUACAGUAGAGUACUGUACAAUAUUUAUAUAGGUUUAAUCAAAGACAGUAUUGUUAAGUAUUCAUACAAAUUCAAGCUUUUUCUCUGAGCGUUUUUUAUUCUUUAAAGAAAUCAUUAUCUUCCGAUACUUUGGCUGGUUUGACAAUUACAGUAUGUAAUCAAAUAUCCAUUGUUGUGCACCAGCUGUUUUUAAUGCUUUUGCAGGUAUGGCUGAGUGGCACCAAGCACACACACACAAAUAAAAUACAGUAAAGAGAUAAACUGAUUUUUGCAUGCAUUAGCCAAAUGUAGAAAUGUAUAGUAUUACUUCACAAUGAAUUUUCCUGUUUUCCAGACAUCUG